AAUCCGCACUCUGUGACUACACCAGUCCGUUUGGUCUGGAAUAGUAGUCAGAAAUUCAAGGGCCAGAGCCUGAAUGACCUACUCCUCAAAGGUCCAGACGUCCUUAACGACAUUCGUGCUGUCCUCAUCCGAUUCCGGCAAGGGGUCUUCGCCGCACUUGGGGACAUAAAAAAAAUGUACAAUUCUGUAUGGCUUGAGGACCAAGAAGUGCAUCUCCACCGCUUCCUGUGGAGAGACUCUGAGGAGGAGGACAUCCAGGAAUAUGCCAUCACGAGGGUCAACAUUGGUGACAAACCAGCAGGCUGUAUCGCACAAGUCGCCAUGCGGGAAACUGCAAAUUUGCCCAUGUUCCACCAUCUCGCAGAAGAGCGUCGAGUGCUGGAGCAAGACGCGUACGUCGAUGACAUCUUGGUCUCGAAUGACAACCUGAACAAGCUCAAGCAAAUCACGGCAAACGUUGAGCACAUCCUGGAAGCUGGUGGAUUCUAUAUGAAGCCAUGGGUCUACUCAGGCCAAAGUGGGAGGUCAGAACCAGGCGACCCCCAGAAGAAAGGACCCUCAGUGAUGGUCCAAAGUGGGAGGUCAGAACCAGGUGACCCCCAGAAGAAAGAACCCUCAGUGAUGGUCCUCCCAAACCAACUCUCAGAGGAGAACAACAAAGCCCUAGGUCUUGGGUACGAUCCAGAGCACGACAAGCUUCACCUAAUGGUGGCUGUGAACUUCUCCAAAAAGAAGAAGAAAAUGCGGCUAGGAGUAAACCUGUCAAAAGAGGAAGUCAGGGCCCAGGCACCAAAUCCACUUACCCGGCGAGAGCUCCUCAGUCAAGUCUCUGGGCUGUACGAUCCCCUCGGCCUUGCAGCACCGGUCAAGCAGAAGGGAGCCAUCCUGGUAAGAAGAGCAUUCCAGGAGGCAAGAGUUAAGUACAGUCCAGCUGAGGAUACAUGGGACGCACCUUUGUCCGAGGGCCUUCGGGAAGACGCCGUCUGCCUCUUUGAAGACUACGCUGAGCUCAGUCGGGUGAAGUUCACUAGAGCCUUGACACCACCUGACUCUUGUGCCAAACCCUGCGGUAUCACCUUCUCCGAUGGCAGCGAGCGUUCCUAUGGUGCUGUACUGUACCUACGGUGGGAAAUGGCACACACUGUGACCCUACGACUGGUCGAAGCCAAAGCCAGGUUGACUCCUCUAGACCACAAGGGCGACGCUGUCAAGGCUGAAGUCUGCGGUGCCGUCUACGCUGGCCGUCUAAAGAAGUACUUCCAGAAGCACUGUAGUAUUCGUGUGGAAAAGUGGUACCACCUGAUCGACAGCCGGACAGUCCUGGGGGCCAUCCAACGUGAGAGCUACGGCUACCAAACGUUUUUUGCCAAUAGAAUUGGAGAAAUCCAAGGCAGCACAAACGUCCAAGACUGGCGGUGGAUUCCUGGGCCACUCAACAUCGCAGAUAUUAUCUCAAGAGGGGCAAGCCCGGAGGAGCUGGACGAAGACACUGAAUGGCAGCUUGGUCCCAAGUUUCUGAGCCUCCCCGAGCGUGAGUGGCCCGUGAAAUCUGCAAAAGAUGUUGCUGUGGAAGCCAGAGAGAACAUCAUGCGCAUCCAGAAGAAGGCAUUCGUUGCUGCACUGACCCGAUCUGGAGCAAAGAGGGAACCCAAGACGGAACCAAGCUCAAACCCCACUAAUCUGCACAGGCCUCCUGCUGGGUCGGCUGUCACAAAUCUGGUGAAAAUCCAGCGGUUCAGCAGCCUAACCAGACUGGUAAAGUCUCUUGCACUGGUCUGGAGGGCCGCAAAGAAAUUUCUCAGUCUCGAAGCCCGGGGGAAACCAAAGUGGGAGGCAGUCCAAAUGACCGGUACAGUCACUGUGGCCGAGAGAGAAGACUCCUUCCGAGACCUCUGCCUUGCGGCACAAGAAGGAGCUACCUUCCCUGACACCACAACAAACCGGCUGGUCGCGUACAGGGACGAAGCCAGCGGGCUGUUGCUCUGCGGUGGCAGGGUCCAGCACUUUAAAGAAGAUGGCCGUGCUGUUCCACUGAUCCCCUUCAACACCUGGUUGGGGACUCUGCUGGCACGCCAAAGUCACCAAGAAGGCCAUGAAGGAGUUGCUGGCACUCUACUAAGAAUGCGGCAAAUGGCUUGGGUUGUGCAAGGCAGGAGACUGGCUCAACAAGUCAUCAAUAAGUGCAUCCACUGCAAAAAGGCCAGAGCUCAAGUCUGCCAACAAGUGAUGGGUGACCUACCUGUAGAAAGGGCAAGACCUGCUGCGCCGUUCCAAUUCAUAUCAGUCGACCUGUUCGGACCUUACCUGGUCAGAGAUGACAUCAAAAGAAGAGUCUCCAUGAAAGUCUGGGGAGUCGUCUUCUGCUGCAUGGCAAGCCGGGCUCUGCAUAUCGACCUUGUCAACAGCCUUUCAACAGAAAGCUUCCUCAUGGCCUACCAAAGGUUCACCGCCAUCAGAGGGCACCCCACCAAGGUCUGGUCAGACCCUGGAACCAACUUUGUUGGUGCAAAGUCUCUGCUGGAAGACCUUUACAGUUUCCUGGGUAGCCAAUACAUGCCAAACCUGGAAGAGUAUGCUGUGAAGAAUGGGACAAGCUGGACAUGGAAAGUGCUCCCUGCCGAUUCACCGCAUCGAAAUGGAGCUGCAGAAGCUGCCGUAAAGAUCACAAAGAGAGCCCUUCAAAGUCUGAGCACCCAGGCAAACCUCACCUUCAGCGAGUUCCUCACAGCCCUCCAGAUGGCAGCAAACCUGGCAAAUGAGCGGCCUAUUGAUGCAAGAGUGCAGAGUCGGGAGGACCGCGUUCAUUACGUGACGCCAAACUCUCUCCUCCUUGGUCGAGCAUCGCAGACUGGUGACCUCAAGUCCUUUGACUUCCAGAACUACCCCUACAAACGGCUCCGAGAGAUCCAAACCCAGGUCAACGAGUUCUGGAAAGCCUGGUCCCAGCUCGCAGGCCCCAACCUGUUCGUCAGGUCCAAGUGGCACACCGCAGAAAGAAAUGUUUCUGUUGGUGACAUUGUUUGGCUCUGCGAUCAGAAUGCCUUGCGGGGGCAAUUUAGACUUGGUCGAGUCGUCACCGUAUCCUCUGACCCAAAGGGCAUCGUUAGAGAUGCUGAAGUUCUUGUCACCACAGGCAGCUGUGUCUCAGUUCACCCUCAGCAACCAGCAGUCCACACCUCUGGUGACCGGAAAGAGUUACGCAACUGUGUGGUACUGCGCAGAGAUGUUAGGCGGCUCAUAGUUUUAUUGCCUGUUGAGGAGCAGUGCCCCUAAUGGUGAUGUAGGGCUUUUUGGGUGCGACCUUCCUGUCUAGGCACAGGAAGCUCGAGUGGGAGGUGUCGCGUCAGACUAGGUCUGCAGCGUUUUGGUUUGAAUUCACAGGAAAAAAGCAGGUGUGUGCGUGUGUGUGUGUGUGUGUUUGUGGGUGUCGCGUCAGACUAGGUCUGCAGCGGUUUGUUUAAAUCCACAGGGAAAAUGCACGGGAAAAAUUAAAAACAGAAAAAUUAAAUAGAAAAAAUAGGUGGUGUGUUAGCCGCGGUAAAUGAGAGUUUAUUAAGAUUAAGAGAAGCGCGAGUCAACUAAUGAGUGUCAGCUGUCCGCGGUUCUACUGAUUUGGUUGUGCUGCAUUCAGCUCACAGGUGCUUAUUUAUCUGGUUGGCGUUUAGUUGGUGAGACACACUGGUGAGAGUAACACGGAAAUUAAACUGUGCUUGCUCUCAGUUUGGAAAAAGUGCUGUGCAGGAACGUAACGCUGAAAAUUGGAGAGGCUGCCGGUUUUUUACCUAAGGGCUAAGGACUAAGGGCUAACCGUUGCAAACCUUUGGACUUGUGCUCUAUAUUCUAAAUAAAAAGAAAAAAAAAGAGGAAAGACCAAAAACGGAAACAACUGUUGUCUGUCCAGUCCUUGAGUGAAACCCAGUGCCUUCAGAACUCCUUCAGUGUAACAUCCUUUUCGAGUUGGGGAAAAACACAGUGCUUAAAACCAACCAAACAAAACUGAAAAACUCACCAAAAAACCAAAACAAAACCGUACAACU